AUGCCGAACGUCAAACCAAUCCUACCACCUCUCAAAACACCUAAAAGUGCCACAUUCCCGUCGGAGCUCCACGAUGACUCCCCCUCAACCAGCAUCUUCGACUCUAUCAAACAGGAAGGCUCUACCACUCCACCUACACCAAAUUCCUCUAUUCCACUCCCCAAGGCAUACACAGAGUUCUUGGAGGCUAUGACACCUGUCUUUAGUCCUGCCAGCGCCGGGCCCAACUUUCAAAAGUUCUCCUUUGAGAAAACCGCGGCUUCGCCAACUUCACAACCCGCUAGCGCCCUCAGUGGUUCAUUUACAUUCAGUCCCAUAACCCGCUCGCCAACUAUCUCACUUCCACCUCCUACACCAGGCUCGGCAGUGUACUCGAAGAAAGGCUUCCCUGUUCCCCGCCGACUACGUAUCCCCCACCCCCAGUCAUUGAAGUACUCUCCUACUACGGACUCGCCAAGAAGUGCGACAAGUCUCCGAUCGCCUUUCUCAAAUUCUGAUUGGAAACUCCGCUAUUAUGAGCCCCCGCGCAGCUCCGGUCCCACCAGUGGAAAACCGGUCAGUGUGAAGCAAAUUGUUACCCGAACAGUGACCUAUAAGCGUACUCAACUGGAUGCCCCUCCUAAGGGCAAGCGCCGCAAGUGCCGCGAAGCGAAGGAGUGCAAGGACAUGAAAGACAUCAAGGAACUCAAGGAUGUAAAACUUUCUAAGGAGACCAAGGCAAAGAAAGCCAAAGAAGUCUGA